AAUUUUCUAGAUGAGUGAGAUAUUUUCAGACUCCAAAUCUUUUGUUGACAUGAAACUCAGGAUAAAUCCUGAAAUUGUCCUGGCCAGGUUUCAACAUUUGUUAAAUCAAACUGAGAAUAGAAAUCCAUCCGUGGAACAAAUAAAGAAUUUUGUAUCCGAAUAUUUCGAAUGCGGAGUGAAACUGGACGAAGUGGAACCUGAAGAUUGGAAAACUGAUCUUCCGUUCACAUCAGCUUUAAACUUAGAUAUUGCAGAGUUCUGCUUAGAGAUAAACAGAAGAUGGAAGAUGUUAGGAAGAAGAACAGGAGAAGAUGUAAACAAGAAUCCGGAAUUAUUCUCUCUUCUUCCACUUCCCUACACUGCCGUAGUGCCAGGGGGCAGAUUUCGAGAAAUCUAUUACUGGGACACUUACUGGAUACUGAGAGGUCUACUUGUAUCUAAUAUGCUAGAUACUGCCAGAGGAAUGGUGGAAAACCUUGUUUUUCUUCUUGAGAAACUAGGUUUUGUUCCUAAUGGAGGAAGAGUUUACUACACAAGAUCUCAGCCCCCUCUCCUAGCAUCUAUGGUUUGGGACUACUAUCUCCAGAGUGGUGAUGUGCCUUGGACCCUGAGUAAGGUUGGGUCUCUGGAGAAAGAGUGGUAUUAUUGGUUGAGGAAUCAUUCGGUUGAUGUCCAAGGAAAAACAAUGUUUAGAUAUUGUUGUUCUGAAGAAACUCCACGCCCAGAAUCCUACAGAGAGGAUUACAGUUUAGCAGAGAACUUAGAUAUAGAGGAUAGAGGAGAACUAUUCAAGGAACUUAGGUCUGCAGCCGAGUCUGGUUGGGAUUUUAGUUCAAGAUGGUUUGAUGAUCCAGAGAAGGGAGAUCUAAGUUCUACUAGUGUUAGAAAUAUUCUACCUGUAGAUUUAAACUCAUUUUUAGCAAAAUCCGCCAAAAUUAUUGCAGAUGUACACAAACUGGCGGGAAACAGAGACCAGGAGAAUAUAUGGAUGGAACGAGCUGAUAAACUGAUAGAAAAUAUUGAAGAACUGAUGUGGAAUGACGAAGAAGGAACAUGGUUUGAUCUGGAGAUAUCAACGCUGAAACAAAGAAAAUAUUUUUUCGCUAGCAACCUCACUCCUCUUUGGGCAAAUGCUGUUCCUACCCAGGAUUUGAAGAUGAAAGGGCGAAGAUCUGUUGAAUACAUUCAAAAAGUUGGCGCAUUAAACAAUCCAGAAGGAAUCCCUACAACUUUCAUACAGUCAGGACAACAGUGGGAUUUCCCAAAUGUCUGGCCACCCCUGGAGCAUAUGAUCAUUACAGGUUUGGGACGAUGCAAGGACGAAUCAGCCGAUAAACUCGCCAGAGAACUAACGAAGACGACAAUCUCGCGAAAUCUUCAAGUUUUCAAAUCUCAAGGGCAUAUGUUUGAAAAGUAUGAUUGUCGGAGCACGGAGACGGGUGGAGGGAGUGGAGGGGAGUACUCUGUUCAGCUUGGGUUCGGUUGGAGCAACGGAGUAUCCCUGGAUCUUAUUCAUAUGUACCCGGAGCUUUGGCAAUCAUAAACCUGAUCUCCCUGAUCUCCAGUUGGUCCAGCUUUAAAAUCGACCUUGGUUCACUUUUACUCAAAGGAAUCGAUCACACACCUUAAACUCCAAUUUUCUAGGCCUUAUGAUGUACUUUGAAAUAUCUAACUAUAAUUUUGAUACAGGGUGUCCCAAAAAAC